AUGGAAGAUGACAUUAUACAAGGUCGCUGUUCCGCUAUCAUCCAACAAAUCGUGUGCGCUGGCGCACCACAGCAAGCACCCAACCAAAAGCGCCUCCUUACUGCGGCGGCAGAGGCGUUACGACAUCAAGCCAUGUUAAUGUAUCGUCUUUGUCGAGCGAGGAAAGAAAAACUAUCGGAUGAUCAGACAGAGGAUGCGGCUUAUUGUGUACUAGCCUCUGUGGCCUCACUCCAGCCUGCGCUCUGGGCGAAACUCACCGAUUGGGCCCAUUUAUUGCGACCAAAACAGCCUGUAUUACGUUUUCUUUCCCCUAUUCCAAUGAUUGUGAAGUUGAAGGAGGUCCUUCACUUCAUUGCUCGCACCGCCCAUUUACAGGUUGGUUCAUCGACAACAGCACUGAAUUUGGCACUAUCAAAGUCGCCAGUAGAACGGCCAGCCGCGGCUUCGGUUCCUGAAGGUGCUGCGGUGGUCACUGGGCAGAGGUCCGAGCCAACAAGGGACUCCACAACAAAUCAUGGUUCGUACCGUAAGCGUGGACGAGAAGAGAAAAGCAAAACGCAUGAAACCACAUUGGGGCCCCAACUUGCCCUACAAGUAGCCUUUGCGUAUUUCCGUCUCACCGUACCUAAUGCAAAGAAGCUUCAAGCUGUUAUUGUCACGCGCGAAUCUGAAGACGAUGGCACGAAAUUAGUUGCUCAAUUGGAAGACACUCUGAUGAUGAGGGGUUGCCCCAUUUCGCAUCACUUAUCGUCCGGAAAUGGAACAACAAGUACCAGUAGCGGCGUGCACGCCCACCCAAAUUUACUUAAGCUAGGGGAUGAUGCGGAUGACGAGGAGAACUUUGAUGCUCCCUCUACGCUGUUACCUCUUGCAUAUCCUGCAUCGUUGGGGUCAUUGGUUUCCCCAAGAAAUACAAAUGGUAUAGAAACCACUCCUAUUUUCGCCUCACCGAUCAGUCUACCAGCGUUGGCUGACGCCAUAGAUACGACCCGCUCAGCGCUAUACUAUAGUCGACUGCAGCGGUGUUUGCGGAACCCACUCCUGUUUUCACCAUUGGAAUGCGCUAGUGUUGAGGGGGGUAUUCUACCAACCGGCGCAGCUACAUCAUUAGACUCCCGGUUUUUCCCCGUAUCGUUUAGCGGUUCGCUGGAUGGAAAUUCCACGAUGUUAUUUUCAUCACCCGCACACUUUCUUCAUCCCGCCCGCGCUUGCCCGCAAUCGCUUUUGCCUCUCCCCCCUCAGAUGGUAACUGCGGAGUACCUGUGGAAACGGUUGCUUGUGGCUGGUCUGUGGCUCCUUUCUGCGAGCGGCGACCCCGCAUCAGCGAUUGAUAGUCGCGUGCUGCACUACUGUUGUCGUGUUGUCAAGGCAGCCUCGAGGGGCGAUGUGGUGUGCCUGGUGUGUGACGAUCUCGUGCGGGAAAGACCUACACUCUACAUUUCUGCGCUGGCACGCCCAACUGGGGGAACCGUUGGGGGAGUGCAGGGGGAGAAGGAUCAUAGGUCCUGGGAGGAAAUGAAAUGCAUGCCAGUAGAAAAGACCCCACCGGGCGAGGCAGCACAUGGUGGUGGUCCCUUAGCAUGCGAAGUGCUUCGGGCCCUAUCGAAAGAGUUGCAUGAAAAAUCCUAUGAGCUCGUUGCGAGAGGUACGGUUGGACAAUGUAAUACUUCGGGCACCUUGGGACUUGCAGCGGGGGCGCAGAAUUCAGGGGGUGGUGCUGAGACCUGUAUCGGGAGAACCAAUCCCACUUUGCCAACCUUGCGCGAACUCGUGGACGAGGUGAGGAGCACCUACCCUGUUGAAGCUUGUCGUGCCGCGCUCAUUGGUGGUAUGGACGGUGAGGCGGCAAUGCGCUGCUUGUUGCUUCGGUGUGGUGAUGUUAACGAAGACGACGCGUUGUCGUAUCCCUGCUGUCCACACAAUACACAGGAGACUGUUGGCGCGUAUGGGUGUGCAACUGCUUCGCUGAACGUCGACGGAUUACUGUCCGUCGUGCCUUACGUUCCACGGCUUCGUGAGACUGAUGGGGUUCUCGAAUGCGCCGGCUGUUUUCUUCUGUUCCACCAGUCGUGUGUGUGCCCCACGCAGCGUGACAUUGCGGGAGGGUGCUUUCUCUGUCACAACUGCCGUUUGAGGCGUACCGGCCAGCUCAGGUUAGACCAGCCGGUUGCAUAG